UCUUGUGUUUCUCUCCUCAUGUAGUGGUAACUGAUUUUCUCCUAUCACCCAUGCUUUCAAUCGAUUCUACACAUGGUAAUUACUGAGUCCCUCUAGUAUAUUGGAUUUGCCUACCGACAGAUCUCUCCGUUCUGCCAUGUUUCCGCACGGAAGCUAAUCACACUUUCUCACACUAUCCUGCUGCUGAUCUUCUCGUAGGGCGAGGGACAGCACUCACUCUGAUUUUUGAAUACACUCUCUAGUGUUUCUGUGUAAAGCCCUCUAGACCUAGCUUUCCAUUAGGGCUCAGAUUCGCUCUGAUACCAUGUAAACAAUGGAUUUUACUUCAAGAGAUGAUUUCGAGUCUUAAGCCAAAUGCUUAUAUACAAAGGAUAUCAGAUGUACCAGUAGUAGUGGCCCUUAAUACAAAUUGCGGUGUGGUUAAGCGUUCAUCUCCUGUAGAUGGUUUACACGAUAUGAACUGACACUGUUCGCUGAUCCUUAGAUGAAUAUUAUACAGGGGAGAAAUAAAGAUGAAGAAAGUCUGUACCCCGACCCAAUAUAUAGAGGAAACAUUUGAAGUGCUGGGCAUCCCAACUUGAGUGUUUUGUAGCUAGUGCUUCUGGUGUUUUGCAUUGAGCCUGUGUCACUGCCGACAGUAACAACAUUUCGAUAAGCAGAUGUGAUUUCUCUAUUCCAGACACAUUUUUCGUUAUUGUGGAGGUCGUGUAACGACACUGGUGCUGCACAAUCUUCAGUAUCGCCUGCAUCGUUUUGAUUUCAUACACAAGUCUUCAUAUCAGCAAUCAUGGGUGCUGGCACAUCAUCAAUCGAAUCUGUUGCUAACCAAUUUCGAUCGUGGAUGGGCUUGUCCAAUGCAGAACCGAGGCUUGGCCAACACGCGGGUCUUCUAAAGGGAAUCACUGAACCUGAAGUGAAGGAAUACAUCGAAUAUUGCUGUCACGACUUAAUGCCCUUAGGGAGCGAAGAAAUUGAUGAACGUCUCCUGAUCAGCAGAGUCCCUAAUGAUUGGAGUUCAUGUCCUGCCCAUGUUCAGAACCGCCUCAUAUCGAAGCAUAGUUGCAAGGAAUUGAUCCAAUUGAAGACAGACAUUUUCAGAGAUGUCAUCGACAACGAUGGAUUUCACCAUUUUAGAGCAGAAAUCCGUCCUCGAGAGGCUGUACUGACUGCGUUGCAUUUCGUCACUUUAGACGGCAUCUUGGAAUGCAAGGGCUAUGACACAAUUACAAGUACCUGGUGCACACUACCUCCAUUCAACAUGCUGCCUCGACUGGAUGAAGACGUAUUUCAAGCUCACUCAAUCUGCGGUGCUGGUGGAAUGCUGUGUGCAAAUGUGGGAAAACUGCAGGACAAGCUUAUAACGUUUAAUCCUCUGGCAAGAAGUUGGAAGGAACUACCUCGUCUUAAUCAUCCGCGGAGUCCUGUGCUCAUGCACAUGAUAUUUAACCAAGAGGAUAAUUCUUACAAGGUCAUCGUUGCCGGAAGCUCCAGAUUAGACGAAGGACAUCUUUCAAAAAUAACGGAGGUAUUCGAUUCACGCACUUGGGUUUGGAAAGUUACAGGGGAUUUGCCGGGACCCCAAUUCGGUCUAAAUGAUUAUCAAACGGGUGUUUAUUCAGACGGUAUUUUGUAUUGUAUUGCUUUUCUAGGGGAUGGGGAGGGAAAAGGUAUUAUUGCGUAUAAUAUCGAAGAGGAAAAAUGGUUGGUAGAUCGCACAUGUUUACUCCCAAACUAUAAUAGCUCAAAUAUUAUGCAAUUAGUGGAGAGCAAAGGACAGGUAUACUUGUUCUCUGAGCUCGAGCGUCACGAUGACGAACAAGAUGAUCCUUGCAUCGUGCAUCGUGUUGAGCAUCGUAUCGAUGUUCUGAUUCCAGAAGAAAUGAACUUGCACUCUAGAAAAGCAUGGAGGAACGUCAUAACGGACACGAAGGUAGGGUAUGUAGGACUUCAAUUGUAUCCUGAGUACACUUGCGUUCCUCUAGGGGAGGGAAAAUUGUGUGUUUUCAAUUCAAUUGAGCAUGUCGGCAUUGUUUAUGAUAUAGAAAAUGAAAAGCGUUGUGAAUCAACCUUGCAACCUCCAACUCGCUUUGGAAGUGAAGACAUGGUAUUCUACAGCUUGAACCCUCUUACCUUCAAUUUCGAGCCAAGCUUCAAAACCAAUCCAUAGCUUCUAACAUUAUUCUUCUACUAUAUGCCUAUCUUCAAUCAUCUGGAACUUUUCCUGCAGUUCUCUUGGUCAAUUUUGAACUUAUUAAGAAUUUCGGUAACUUCAAGAUCAAGAACAGAGCAACGAAAACCUUAUGGAAGAUCGUCAAAAUUGAAAGUGAAUGAGAAUUAUAUCUAGCCAUUGCUGAUACAAAACAAAAUAUUACGAUUAGUUAAGAGGCAGCACAGUGGAGAUAUUCCGCUUUAGUCUCCUCACUAGAUUCAUGUCGACGUGAAAGAAUUACUUUGAUGUAGCGCGUGAGCCCAAUUUAAAAAGGAGCCAUAUGCUUUGAGCCCAGGAGCGUAAAGUCUAGUAUAUAUGAACAGUAAUUUCAAAGGAAUUUAACGAUUGUCCAGUAUUCACUGUAAUGACAGGUGCCAUUUCCUCCAGGAAUCAUGACCAAUAUCGUGUUCGCCGUCGUCGCAAUGACCCAGCCGCUUUCUGAUGCUACAGAUAGUAAUAGCCCGCCCAUUUAGGGUCUUUGUUUGUCAAGCAUGAACUCAAAUAUCACACGCCUAGGUGUUUGCAGCUGGUGCAAUUUGAUUUUA